AAAAAGUUACCUCAUCUCUCAAUAAAAUAGUGGAAUUUAUUUAUUUUAAAUACAAUAAAACGGUUAAAUUAUUAAAAAUUGUUUGUUUACUGGCGAAAAACAACGGGAAUUAUGGCGAAAUGCCGCUUAGCAAUGGGUCUUGGCGCGGUCGUGUAUUACUUGUGGGUUUAUUAUUAGUGUUUUAUUUAAUUGCAGCGGUUUUUAUAUCAGGUUUAAGUGACAUUCAACCAGGUGGUUUAUCAAAUCGGGUAUUUCGAGGUGGUCCAGGUGGAUUUAUAAUCGCUCAUGAUAAUUCAUUACGGUUAGGCUCACGCUUAUAUCGUGUUGGUAAUGGUGGUGGAAUAAUCCCAGUCUUACAAGCAAAUCGUCGCCUUCGUUUACAAUGGUGCUCUGCGCUCAAAUUUGAUGACCCUCCUUCCAAAACAAUUACAGCAUUAGUUUCAUUCCCGGGAAGUGGGAAUACAUGGUUACGUUAUUUAAUACAGCAAGCAACAGGAAUUUAUACAGGAUCAAUUUAUAUUGAUUUUGGACUGUUGAAAAAUGGUUUUCCAGCAGAAAAAGUUACUGAUGGAUCGGUGAUUGUAGUGAAAACACAUGAAAGUAGUGCAAAAGGGCGGGCACCAUUUUCAAAAGCAAUAUUAUUGUUGAGAUCGCCAGCGGCGGCAAUUCAGGCGGAGUUUAAUCGACAAAGUGGUGGCCAUGUUGGAUUUGCAUCGCCAGAUCGUUACAAACGUCAUAAAGGCGAACUUUGGAUGCAAUUUGUACGUCAAAAUAUAAAAAUAUGGCGUCGAACAUACAUCGAUUGGCUAACACAAUUCACCGGACCAAUACACAUAAUAUUUUAUGAUAAAUUAGUUGAUAAUGUUGAGCAUACAUUACGAGGUUUAAUUGAAUUUUUAGGUAGACCAAUUGAUAAAGAAUUACUGCAAUGUGCAAUUGAACGUAAAGAGGGUAUCUAUCGCCGACAUAAACGUAUUUUAAAUUUUGAUCCAUUUACAAAAAAAAUGCGUGCAUUUAUACAAAAUGAACAAAAUUAUGUAUUUAAUGUAAUAUAUUCAUAUCGUUCACGUAUAACAACAAAUGAUGAGAAUUUCUUUACGAAAUUUCGUCGACAACAUCCGCAAUUUAAUAAUAAUAUUUCAACAAUAACAACUAUUUCUAAUGAAUCAUAA